AUGGGACAAAUAGUAAAUGCUUUAAUUUUUCGUUCAAAAAAUUUUCCAUAUUAUAAUAAUAUAUGAAAUAAUUAUAGAUACAUUUAUAAAAAUAUAAAUUAUUUUUUAAAUUUAAAAAGAUUUAUUAAAUUUAAAAAGCAAUUAAAUAUUUUAUAUAUAAAUAAUAAUUAUUCUUAUACUAAUUAUUGCAUAUAUAAUAUAAUAUUAUUUUCUAAAUUAAAUUAUAUAAAUAAUAAAUAUUAUAUUCAAUUAUAUUUUUUAAAUUUUUUAAAAAAGAAUUAUACUAAACAUAUUAAAAUUGGAUUUAAUUUUGUAUGUUUAAAAUAUCCAUUAUUAUCUACUAAUUUUAUUUUAAAAUAUUUAACUAAUAAAAUUCUAUUUACUAAAAUUUCUUUACGAAAAAUUAUUCCACAACUUAUAUUAUUAAUAAAUAAUAUACAUAAAAUAAAAGGGUUUAAAUGUAUAAUUUCAGGUAGAAUAAAUGGAGCUCAAAUGGCAAAAUUAGAAACAUUUAAAUUUAAUGAAAGUUCUUUACAAAAUAAAAAUUUAUAUAUAAAAUAUAAUUGUAUUAGUAUUCCUACUAAAUACGGAUUAUUAGGUGUUAAAAUAUGAUUAUUUUUAAAUUAA